AUGUCGGCACCGUCUUGGUUGCCAUUUACGGGCCAUCAGCCUAAACGGAGGCGAGCAGAACUUGCCUGUGUCGCAUGUCACAGCAAAAAGAUUAGAUGCGACCUACAAGCGCGAAGUAGUCAGGGCUAUAGUAACUGCAGCAAGUGCGAAGCUACCGGCAAAGACUGCCGGACGAGACCAUCAAGACGAGGUCGGCCUUCUGCAGCAAAUGCGUCACCAUUGACGCCGCCGGAUAGCAAUAACAAUUGCAGUGAUCAAACAAACCACCCCCGACGCCAGAGCCUGCUCGCCGAUCCUCCCGUCCAGGAUCAAACAUCUCUAUCCUCUGGACAAGACGGACUGUCCAACCUCGCCGGGGAUUUCCCCGGCUUAUCCAAGAAUAGUGGACCGCUGGAACUUCCCCGAGAUUUGCUCCAGCCGGCGGCAAAUGGCGAGCAAACGAGAAACAAGAAUUUCCACAACAUCGGAUGGUCGUCGAUCAAUGACCCAUCUUCGGGCCAAGCGCUCCCAGAACCCCAGAGCAAGCCUCGGCAAGCGAUGACCAAUGAUUCACCAACGACUCAACGAACGGAAGACCACUCGGAGCAUAAUGAUAGCUACCCAGUGGGCCAUGUAUUUCUACCCGAGCUACAGACAAAUGCUCGAGACCAGGAGCGGCUCAUUGCUGAAAGACCAUCUGAAGUGCCCCGUUUGCCUGAUCCAGACCUGCAGCAGACAUUCGCAGAGACAUACUGGGAAUACUGCUACCCAUGGUGCCCCGUGCUGGACCGAGACACACUUUUAGAAGAGCUCGCACGGUCUCCGCUACUGGUGAACGCCCUGGCAGUGGUUGGCAGCCAUAUUAAACCACCCAUGAUCCCGCAUGAUGGACCAGCUAGCUAUUAUGAGCGAGCACGUAUCAGGUUCUACAACGAUGAAGAGGCAGACGUGAUGAUAUCGCUCAAAGCAGUUUCUCUGUUCUAUUGGUGGAGUCCGCGGCCACCAACUAUUCUCCAUCGUCAUUCUUCCUGGUGGUGGACCUCGGUUGUCAUUCGGCAUUGUCAACAGCUCGGCGUGCAUCGCGAGCCAGGUCCUGAUAACCCACUCCGGCAGCAGGUUGACCUCAAUCUACGACGUCGGAUAUGGUGGACCGCAUUUGCGCGUGAGCGUCUGACUGCUCUAUGCCAAAGCAAGCCGUGUAUCAUUGACCCAGAAGAUUGCACGCUCUCGGAGCCGACGUUAGAAGACUUCUCAGGGGCCCCGGACAAAGUGAAGGCCGAGGUAUUCAUAUACUGGGUACGCCUGUGCGCCAUAAUUGGCGAUAUUGCAAAAUACCUCGCGCGUACCAGCGACUCUGGAGUAUCGGCAUUCCCAGCACAUUUAGCCCGCGAGCUCAUCCAGUGGGUGCAGUCGCUUCCUCCCCAUCUGCAGCUGCCAAUUGGAUCAGAUCGCACAACCCAAUUCAACAGGGAUGUGCAUCAACUUCAUCUUCCGUAUCUUGCUGUGAUUAUCAUCAUUCACCUUCAGCGCUCAUCCUACUCACAGCCCUUACCACAAGCUUAUCCACCCGCAAUCCUGGCUGCCACAUGCAUGGCUCGUAUCAUGCGGGACAUCCUAUCUCGCGGAGGAACCAGAUUCCUCAUGGCCAUAACAGGCUGGUAUUGCGGCACGGCGUUCAUCGCGCUGCUGCAAGCCCUUAGAAUAGAAGGUUUAGCCAAAGAUGCCAAUCAAGACCUAGACAUCUUGACUUUGGCCGUGGAUCAGCUUCGAGUCAUGUGGCCUACUGCUGCGGUCUUCUACUCUGGGUUUGGACGCUUGCGGCCUAGUUGUACUGCACCGGAAUUUGACUCGCAACGUACACCUGGUCCAGAGCUAGGCAUGGGGGAUGGGACUGUGUACAUGGAGAUGACGGAUGGUAUUGACUGGACUACUUAUUUUCCGUUUGCAACACCGCGAACCAGUGGGAUUGCUGGCAGACUGUUGGUCCCGCAUACUGAGGAGCUCUUUUUUGAUGAUUAUGCCUUUGCCGAUACUAUGCUUCAGUUUCAAGAUCUACUUGAGCAUUGCGAUUCCACCUCCGGGAGUAAUCUUUUUAUGUAA